AUGGAAAGCAUACCAUCGAUAAGUGGGAGCCAUUCCCAGCAAGAGUCCGAGAUACGCUAUUCACGUGGAGAAUGGGGACUUACUCUUCUUUCGUGCCCACCCAACCCGCUUGUCGAUCUCAUUUUUGUUCACGGCCUUGCGGGAGGAAGUGUGAAAACGUGGUGCUAUUCUAAGGAUGCUGCUAGUUUUUGGCCACAGAAAUGGCUUCCCAAAGAACGCGGAUUCAAGGAUGUUCGCAUCUACUCCUAUGGGUAUGACGCUGAGUGGGAGUUUUUGAGAGGCAGCCCGAAUAGCAACAUCACGGAUUUUGGCAAUCAAUUGCUCGAAAGCUUGGGUGGCUUAGUUGUGAAGCAGCCUGGCUCCAGCCUGGCUCCAAUAUUGAACAAGAUUCUCUGCGUCUUACCUCUGCAUUCAAAACGCUGCUACGUAUCAAACCUUGAUACCGACAAUGGGCUGCUAUCAUCACUGAAACUCUCCUUCAGUCAGUGCGUUUCUGGUGUAUCGCUAUAUUCCUUCUAUGAGUCAAAGCCGGUUCAUACCGGCGUUUGGUCGGUAACGAUCGUCAAGAAGAGUUCUGCUAUCAUGGGUAUUCCCGGUGAAGAACACGCCAUGCUUGAUGCAAACCACAUGAAAAUGUGCAAAUUUAAAUCAAGAAAAGAUUCAAAUUAUCAAUCCGUUCGCAAUGCUCUCCGGUAUAGGAUUAAGAAGAUCCUGCGAGAUCUUUCACCAAACAAUGACGAAGACAAGUGGAGAGCCAUGCAGGGAAUCGAAGAGUUCCUCGCCGCGCCAGUGAAGCCAGAUAGUGACUUGAAGAACCUCGAGGAGUCAAGAGUUGAAGGCUCUUGUGAGUGGUUAACCGAAAGAAAGGCAUUUAGAAAAUGGGCAAACCUAAACUCUGAAAAUACAUCAAUGGUAUACUGGAUCUCUGGUCGCCCAGCUACAGGCAAGUCAGUAUUAUCCGCACACGUUAUCAAAGCUCUCGCGGAUACAAAGAGGAAAUGCUAUUUCUUUUUCUUCAAACGGGGAGAUGAGCAAACAUCCACUGUGAGCGGAUGUCUGCUUUCCCUUCUGUAUCAGAUGGCAUUCAAAAGUAACGGCGUGCGUCAACAACUUUUGUCAAUGAUGAACAGAGGAAAAAGAUUCGACAAGCACAGUGCCAAUGAAAUAUGGAGGAAUUUAUUAUUGCCAAUAAUUGCCCGCAAGAAGACCGACCUUGUUCGUUACUUGGUCCUCGAUGCCCUUGAUGAAUGCUCUGGAUGUGAGUGCAUCUUUACUAUGAUUGCGGCUUUGGAAGGGGUUUUUGGAAUCCGUAUAAUGAUCACCAGUCGCCAAGUUCCUUUUAUUGGAGAAACUCUUUCCAAAUUGUCCAAUCGCACUAAUAGCAUCUCGGUUUUGGAAACGGCGAUAUCGCCGGAAGUCACCAAAUCCGACAUCAGAUUGUAUAUCGAAGCAAAUAAACACAAAGUCAAUGUCGGGGAUGAGGAGCAGAAAAAUAACUUCAUCAAACGAAUAAUAGAAAAAAGCGAUGGAUGCUUCCUAUGGGUGCGUCUGGUUCUUGAUGAACUUGCAUCCACCUGGUCUCUUCGCGAAGCUGAGCGCGUUUUGGACGAUUUGCCCCAAGGCAUGUCUCCCUUUUACUUACGCGCCAUUGACAGCAUGUCAUCGGAACAUCCGGAUAAUCAAAGACUCAUAAGAGCCAUUCUCACAUGGGUCGUAUGUUCUGUCCGCCCAUUGACGGUGGCUGAACUCACAGAGGCUCUGAAACUGGACAUAAAUGACGAGGUGCCUGAACUAGACAAGGCCAUUGCAUCUCUGUGUGCGCAGCUGCUUCAUGUCGACCAAUCUGGACGGGUAAUGAUGGCCCAUUUUACAGCCAAGACGUUCUUGGUGGAUGUCGUCAAUUCAAAAUUUCGUAUCAGACUAGACGAUGGGCACCUUCAACUUGCUGCCACUUGUCUUCGGUUGCUCUGCCUGGGCCAACCAGAGGUAUGGUCAAACAGGAGGCAAAGAUUUAACAGCCGCUCUUCUUUUGCCCAAUACGCCGCGCUGGAAUUUGCAGAGCAUCUCAACAAUGCCUCCUCUGCGAGCCCAGGGAUAGAAGCAAUGCUUUAUGACUUUCUCCAAUCCGACGUGCUGUCCUGGGUCGAGUUUGUCGCUUUGAAUGGAGAUCUCUCUAUUCUAGUAAAAACAGCGGAUUCUAUUUGUGAAUACGCACUGAGACGCAUCCAGUCACCACCUGCUAUGGUCGAGCUUGCCCGCCUUGCUCAAAAUUGGAAGACGGAUUUGCAUCAAAUGAUUGUUGAUUUCGGCCAGAACCUUUUAGCCUGUCCAUCAGCGAUACACUCUAUAAUCCCGGCUUUUUACUCAGAAUCAUCGGUUAUUGGCGCCAAGUCUACGUCCAAUUUCACUGUCAGAAGCUUUGAGAAUAAGGGCUUGAUUAACUACGGGGCUUGUAUUGACAGUAUGGACCAACAUGCUACCGUCUUCACCUGUGGGAGUACAUUUUUGGCCGUUGGUUACACAAAUGGAUCCAUAAUCCUUUAUGAGAACAACACAUAUCUCCCUUGGAAAACACUUGAGCAUUGCGGUCCCGUAUAUCAUCUUUUGUUCAACGGCGAUGGCACCCAUGUCGUAUCCGCAUGUUCGCGAUAUGUUAUGAUCUGGGACAUUUAUAGGCAACAUAAUGCAGAUUCCCUUACGCCCAGUUCGUUCAUAUUCAACUCAAAGAAAGACAAUCAUACCCUCGCCGCUUUUUACAACACUGAUAGGAAUGGUAUUAUAUGCAUUUAUGACUACAAGAACCGCACACUGCUUCAAAGUGCCCUGUCGUCAUUCGGUAUAGCUGCGGGUGCUUGCAGCCAGGAUGGGCAGAUAUUGGCGAUUGAAGCCGAGUUAUUCCACUUAGCAAACCGUGGAACGUCUUUGAUUGGGCCAGAAGAGCUGGGAACAAACAUCAAUGAUAUAAAUCUUGCAUACGGAAAUGUGAUUAGCGUCUGCAUAGACGGUCCGGGGCGAUUUGUUUUUGCUGGUAGAAACGAUGGCUCUGUCACCAUCCACGACACUGUCGCUGGUGGAUGUGUAUUACUGUGUCGCCACCACCAUGCGGUUGUAUCAUGCAUCUUUGGGUCUCAAAGGAAUAUAUUUGUGAGCCAUAGCACAAAAGACUUUAGGGUCUGGAGUCUGGCCGGGGAUCAAGAGUUUGGCUGGAGUGCAAAGCGCCUAAUGCGCAAAAAGCUCGAUGGCACAAUGCAGCAUCGGCUACUUUUGGAUCCUUCAAACAGAUUUUUACUUGUCGCGACAAGAGAUGGACUCAAUAUCUGGCAUGUCGAUACAGGGGAAUUGACAAGCGAAUGGAACAUAUCAUUGCAGCGGUUCAGAAGAUCUCCAGUUCCUGUAGCUCAGCGCAUACAAAAGGUUACCAUGAUAUCUCGGGGUGAUUCGUUAAUUUUAGCCAUCCAGUUCUUGUCUACAAGCAGGGAUAACUUGGGUAUGACAGAGGCUGCCAUUAUCUGGAUGGAUUCUGCUCAAAUAUCCAGAUACUCAGUUCAUGUUACGGCGCCUCUGCGGAUUGAACGAGAGAUACGAUAUGUGGUUGGCUCUUAUGAGUCUAAGUUAAUAUUUGUGGAUAGGAGCGACUGGGUUAGCUCUGUUGACUUUGGAAAUUGGGUUGAUCUUGCAUAUUAUACACGCCACUUUCCCAUUCCACCAUCGUGGAGUAUUUCCGGGGGCGAUUUAGGCACAUCUAUGGGCGUAAAUGGAAAUGGAAAUGUGUGGUUUGUUCAUGGAGAUGAAGUUUAUGUUGACUUGGAUAUCCUCAACAUCAAGAUACAUCACACUAUCUCUCAAUUACUGCGCAAACACCUAGAUGACUACUACAUACUCUCACAUACGCGGAGCACAGUUCGACCACUUUCCGAUCACGUAUAUGGGGAUACUAACGAAAUCUUGACAAUCUUGUAUUUGCAGGUCUCAAAAGACCAACAAAAAGGGUAA